GGGCCUCGGGCAGGCCCGGGGCAAGCCUCGCACGGCCGCCACCCUAUGCUACCCGCUGCGUCUCGGAGGCUACUACGUGCCCUCGGCCUCAGCCGCAAGAUGGGGGAGGCGUCCUCCACGCUCCCCAGCCGGGACCAGGCCCCGCUCGGCCGGGCCGAGCCCCUUCAGACCACCGGCAGACACCACGUCAGCGGGAACAGGACGGUGGCCCCCUUCCCGGAAGGCACCCAGAUGAUUGUGUUCGGCAUGGGCUGCUUCUGGGGUGCCGAAAGGAAGUUCUGGAAGCAGCCGGGAGUGUACUGCACGCACGUAGGCUACGCGGGGGGCUACACCCCAAACCCCACCUACAAGGAGGUGUGCUCAGGGAAAACCGGCCACGCGGAGUGUGUCAGAGUCGUGUACUACCCAGAACGCAUCAGCUUCGAGGACCUGCUGCGAGUCUUCUGGGAGAACCAUGACCCCACGCAAGGAAUGCGCCAGGGCAACGACUUUGGUACUCAAUACCGAUCGGCCAUCUUCCCGGCAGCAGCGGGUCAGCUGGAGGCCGCGCUGAACUCCAGGGAGAAGUACCAGAAGGCUCAUGUGACAUCUACACGCCGAGCUGCCACGCUCCUGCACAGUUACCAUGGCAGCCAGCCGAGCCUGCCCAUUGGCUGCCGCUGGGGGAGAAAAGGCUGGCCGGGGGUCGGGGUCAGCAGUCAGGUGCUGACAGACAGCGGCUUCGGAGCCAUCACUACCGACAUCCGUGAGGGACAGGAGUUCUACUACGCGGAAGAGUACCACCAGCAGUACCUCAGCAAGAACCCCGACGGCUACUGCGGGCUCGGGGGCACCGGCGUCUCCUGUCCCAUUGGAAUCAAGAAGUGAUUGGCAGCUCAGCCCCCGCCCCUUGCCCAUUUGCUUAUUGCCUGGCAGCCCUGCUGACUGGGCACUGGCGGCAGUGGGAACGCUGGCCAGGCGGGCUGGAGGGCAGGGUAACUGCCUCACUCCCUCCUGCCCUUCCGCGUUCUGGAAGGCCACACCCACUAUUUACCCACCCCCUCCACCUCCCCCCCGACGGCACCACACCAUGCCCAUUCCUUACCAUGCCCCCUCGCCCAGCUCCGUCCACUCCAUCCCACUGGACUUCGUCCACCUCCCCGUUUGGCCCUGCUGCUGGAUUCUCUUCCUCAGUCCCCCACCAAGCCGUGUCCCCAACCUGCACCCCAAUAAAAGCCCAUUCCUAUCACCGUCA